AUGGCCAUCAGUGAUCAGUUCGCUGCCAUGUCCACUACUUCCACAAACUCGCCAAAGAAUGGAGCAACUCCACCACCACAAGGAAAUGGCAAGCAGCUACAGACAAAAGUAUUCGCACAGAAUCAACGUCAUCCAAAUGGAGGCUGGAAAUUCAUUGAUGAAGUAGAGCUCAAGAAACAAAGAGGUGUCUGUUGGGAACUUGUAAAGAGUGUUGGAAAUAGUAUAAUUGAGGGCAAGGAGUUGACUAGUACAUGCCUGCCUAUAACUUUGUUCGAGCCAAGAUCAUUUUUGGAGAAGUUCACUGAUGUAUGGUGCUACGCACCAGACUACUUGCCAAAGGCAGCUGCCUCCAAAGACCCAGUGGAGCGCAUGAAGAAUGUUGUGGCCUUUGCCAUCUCUGGUCUGCACCUGACCAGCACUUUGACCAAGCCAUUCAACCCACUGCUAGGCGAGACCUUCCAGUGCUACUUUAGCGAUGGCACUCAAGUGUUUUGCGAGCAGACUUCGCAUCAUCCACCCAUCAGCAGCUGGCAGAUGCAAGGUGCAGGCUUCCACUACUAUGGCCAGGGUGUCUGGUCCGCUGCCUGCCGUGGCAACCUUGUAAAGGCUUACCAGAAGGGCAGCCACACUAUCGACUUUGAAGACGGAUCUUCAAUCCACUGGGCACUGCCCGAGAUCCUGAUCAAGGGCAUCUUCUGGGGCGAUCGUAUCACAGACUUUAAUGGCAAGAUGGUGUUUACAGAUGAGAAGAAUAAGCUAUGUUGCGAGAUAACCUUCAAUCCACAUGCACUGGGCUUUGUAAAGAGUAUAUUCUCCAAGCAGAAGGAGCCAUCAGACUACUUUGUCGGACAGAUAUAUAGAAUAGGAGGCAGUGCCACGCCCUCGAGCAAGGACAAGAAGAAGGGCGAGCAACCAGAGGUCGUCUGCGAGAUUGAAGGCUCGUGGUUGACACAGUUGACCAUCGACAACAAGGUCUAUUGGGAGCUGAGUAUGGUGCCACCAGGUGUUAUCUACCACGAGUCACCACUGCCCACCGACUGCAGAUACCGUGAUGAUCUACGUUAUCUCAAGGAAGGUAACAUCGAGAAGGCCAAGGAGCACAAGUCACUGAUCGAGGAGAAGCAAAGAAAUGAGGCCAAGAUGCGCAAGGAGAGUAAGAAGGAUAGGGAGAAGUCUAGCCACAAGAAGUAA